AUGCCUGGUGGUCAGAGGAUCCUUCAGAAGACCACGGAAUACCCAAAGGAUCCAGGAGCAGGAAGAGAAAUACCAGUGCCCGGAAUCUUCAGUCGGAGGAGCAGCCUAUAUAUACAUCAAAGGAUCCAUUCAGGAGAAAAACCUCAUAAAUGCCUCGAGUGUGGAAAGAGCUUCAAUUGUAGGAGCAGCCUUUAUAGACAUCAAAGGAUCCAUUGGGUCAAGAAACUGAAGAAAUGCCUGGUGUGUGGAAAGAGCUUCAGUCGGAGGAGCACUCUUCAUGCCCACCAAAGGGUCCAUUCAGGAGAAAAACCUCAUACAUGCCUGGAGUGUGGAAAGAGCUUCAGUGAGCGGAGCACCCUUUAUGUACAUCAAAAGAUCCACACAGGAGAGAAAUCUCAUAAAUGCCUGGAGUGUGGAAAGAGCUUCAGUCGGAGGAGCACUCUUCAUGCCCACCAAAGGAUCCAUUCAGGAGAAAAACCUCAUAAAUGCCUGGAGUGUGGAAAGUGCUUCAGUCGGAGGAGCGGCCUUUAUUUACAUCAAAGGAUCCACUCAGGAGAGAAACCUCAUCAAUGCCUGGAGUGUGGAAAGAGCUUCAGUCAGAGGGGCAGCCUUUAUAUACAUCAAAGGAUCCACUCAGGAGAGAAACAUCAUAAGUGCCUGGAGUGUGGAAAGAGCUUCAGUCACAGGAGCAGCCUUUAUACACAUCAAAGUAUCCACACAGAAGAGAAACCUCAUAAAUGCCUGGAGUGUGGAAAGAGCUUCAGUUGGAGGAGCAGCCUUUAUAAACAUAAAAAGAUCCACACAGGAGAAAAACCUCUUAAAUGCCUGGAGUGUGGAAAGAGCUUCAAUCAAAGGGGCAACCUUCAUACACAUCAAAGGAUCCAUUCAGGAGAAAAACCUCAUAAAUGCCUGGAGUGUGGAAAGAGCUUCAGUCAGAGGGGCAGCCUUUAUAUACAUCAAAGGAUCCACUCAGGAGAGAAACAUCAUAAGUGCCUGGAGUGUGGAAAGAGCUUCAGUCACAGGAGCAGCCUUUAUACACAUCAAAGUAUCCACACAGAAGAGAAACCUCAUAAAUGCCUGGAGUGUGGAAAGAGCUUCAGUUGGAGGAGCAGCCUUUAUAAACAUAAAAAGAUCCACACAGGAGAAAAACCUCUUAAAUGCCUGGAGUGUGGAAAGAGCUUCAAUCAAAGGGGCAACCUUCAUACACAUCAAAGGAUCCAUUCAGGAGAAAAACCUCAUAAAUGCCUGGAGUGUGGAAAGAGCUUCAGUCAGAGGGGCAGCCUUUAUAUACAUCAAAGGAUCCACUCAGGAGAGAAACAUCAUAAGUGCCUGGAGUGUGGAAAGAGCUUCAGUCACAGGAGCAGCCUUUAUACACAUCAAAGUAUCCACACAGAAGAGAAACCUCAUAAAUGCCUGGAGUGUGGAAAGUGCUUCAGUCGGAGGAGCGGCCUUUAUUUACAUCAAAGGAUCCACUCAGGAGAGAAACCUCAUCAAUGCCUGGAGUGUGGAAAGAGCUUCAGUCAGAGGGGCAGCCUUUAUAUACAUCAAAGGAUCCACUCAGGAGAGAAACAUCAUAAGUGCCUGGAGUGUGGAAAGAGCUUCAGUCACAGGAGCAGCCUUUAUACACAUCAAAGUAUCCACACAGAAGAGAAACCUCAUAAAUGCCUGGAGUGUGGAAAGAGCUUCAGUUGGAGGAGCAGCCUUUAUAAACAUAAAAAGAUCCACACAGGAGAAAAACCUCUUAAAUGCCUGGAGUGUGGAAAGAGCUUCAAUCAAAGGGGCAACCUUCAUACACAUCAAAGGAUCCAUUCAGGAGAA